UCAAUUCCAACAGAUGAUAGAUAUAGCGCACCCUGGUGACCUCCCUCCAGUGGAGGUCAGCCUCUGCAACACAGACAUGAAGUCAAGCACAGCCAACCACAGCAUCCUAUCCAUCGGGGAGGAAGAGGGAGCAGGCAAUUUCCUGCGUUCUAUCCCAACACGAGAAUCCCUUCAGUGCCCUCGGGGCUCGGUUGUGAGCUUCCACGACAUCCAGUACACCAUCAAACAGUCCCACGGGCCCCUCUGCAAACGGACAACGGUGAAGAAGAAGGUUCUCCACAAUGUGUGUGGCAUUAUGAAGCCGGGUUUGAAUGCUAUCCUGGGACCAACAGGGAGCGGCAAAUCCUCUCUCCUAGAUGUGCUGGCUGCUAGAAAGGACCCUGCUGGCCUGUCUGGGCAAGUGCUCAUAGAUGGCUUCCCGCAACCUCCAAAUUUCAAGUGUAUCUCAGGAUAUGUCGUGCAGGAUGAUGUGGUUAUGGGCACACUGACGGUGAGGGAGAAUCUACUCUUCUCUGCAGCCCUGCGCCUCCCCAGCUCCAUCAGCUUUAAAGAAAAGGAAGAGCGGGUCAGCCAGAUAAUCACUGAGCUGGGGCUCAGCAAAGUAGCUGAUGCUAAGGUAGGAACGGAACUAAUCCGAGGGGUGUCAGGUGGAGAGCGGAAGAGAACCAACAUUGGCAUGGAGCUCAUCACGGAGCCCCCAGUCCUAUUCCUGGACGAACCCACCACCUCCUUACACUUCUCACUAUUGAAUUUCAUCCUAUUACUAAUACUCCAGCUUUCGAGAAGAGGUCGGACCAUCAUUUUCUCUAUCCACCAGCCACGCUAUUCCAUCUUCAAGCUCUUCGACAGCCUAACUUUGUUGGCUUUGGGAAAGGUGCUGUAUCAUGGUCUGGCUAAGCAAGCCCUGACAUAUUUUAGUUCUAUCGGGUAUCAAUGUGAGCCCUUCAACAACCCGGCUGACUUCUUCCUUGACGUGAUAAACGGUGACUCCACCGCCGUGGCGGCAAGCAAAGGUGAUCAGAGAAGCCUGGACAACGGAGGGACUGGAGGAGGGGUAAUCAGUGAUGACGAGCAGAAUGUGGACAAGAGCGUGGUGGAAACUCUGCACCAGCAGUACCUGAACUCCAGCCAGUAUCGGAACAUGGGAGAAGAGCUGAAGAAAGUGGCGCUCAGACAGCAGAAUGAGCAGGGGAAGUCGAGGCGUGUGAAUGAGGUCACAUAUGCAAAUGGCUUCUUCACCCAGCUCUACUGGGUGUCCAAACGUGCCAUCAAAAACCUCAUCAGGAACCCCCAGGCAUCUGUGGCACAGAUCGCAGUGACCACCCUCCUAGCCCUGAUUGUGGGAGCCAUCUUUUUCGGAAUAAAACUAGACCAAAGUGGCAUUCAGAAUCGGGUUGGAUCCUUGUUUUUUGUAACUACAAACCAGUGCUUUUCCAGCGUAUCAGCGGUCGAGCUGUUUAUAAAGGACAAGAAAUUGUUUGUCCAUCAGUACACCAGUGGGUACUACCGAGUGUCAGCAUACUUCUUUGCCUUGAUCAUUGGAGACCUUUUGCCCAUGAGAACUCUUCCAGGCAUUAUCUUUUCGUGCAUAAGUUACUGGAUGAUUGGCUAUCAGGCAGUAGCAGGACGGUUCUUUUUCUUCAUGCUGACACUGGUACUAGUAUCCUACACAGCCACGGCCAUGUCUCUGGCUAUCAGCGCUGGGAUGAAUGUGGUGGCCAUUGCCAAUCUGUUUAUCACGAUUUGCUUUGUCUUCAUGCUUAUCUUUUCUGGCCUGUUGGUGAACCUUCCUUCUGUGAUGGGAUGGUUGAACUGGCUCAAAUACUUCAGCAUCCCCAGAUACGGCCUCACGGCCCUGCAAGUCAAUGAAUUUAGAGACCUUUACUUCUGUGGUGAGAACCCUCAGAAUAUCGCUGCAUCCCCCUUGGAUGUGGCUGAUUGCUCCUCAAAUGCUACACAAUUUGGAGAAAUGUGUUAUGGUGAAACAUAUCUGUGCCGCCAAGGGAUUGCAUCAACCAACUGGGCCAUGUGGGAAAACAUAGUGGCUCUAGGCUGCAUGACUGCCAUCUUCCUCUUGAUAGCCUAUGGGAAACUCCGAUUCAUGAAGAAGUUCACCUAGCCUCACCGUCACUUUACUCUGUGACUAACCUCAGGACUUUGAACUGCAGUUUGUCAGGCCCAUGCUCAUUGAAGACCAAUGAAAGAUUCAGUGGGCAUCGGCUCAAGCCCAGUGUACAAAAUGUGGCCACUCAUCAAGCACAAGAAAUAUCUAUUAUGUGAUCAUGAGUAACAUUUUUUACCUUGUCUAUAGUUAAAUUGCUGGCUAUUUUAUUGUAAGGAAUUGUUAGACUAUCAUGUUCUCUUACACACUUCUGUAAAAGUGCACUCUAAUUUAUAUAACUUCAUUAUUCUGUGGCCACUGUCUGCAGUAUCUCAGGAAAACAUAUUUAAACAUAUACAUUAAUAUAAACCAGAUUUCAUUUUGGCAA